AUGGCGGAAGUGGUUGGUGUAGUUUCGAGCGCCAUCACGUUCGCAACCGUUGUCGUCCAAGUCACGGAAUCUAUAAUCACGAUCAAGGAUUGCUGGAGCCAGUUUCGUGAUGCACCCAGUGACCUCAAAUAUUUCUUAAGGGAUCUUGAACUGUUUGGACUGGUGCUCGCCGAAAUAGAGGAAGAUGUAUCACAAGAGGCUUUCGCAUUCGCCCUGAAGGGGAAUAAACAUGCCAUGCAAAGUCUGGAAUUUAGCAGAGAGGCCGCUACGAGCCUAUAA